AACUUCACAUCAAGUAUCAGUCAGUCUGCCCGCCUGUGCGUCAUCACCGUGCUCAUCUAUCCAUGCCCGCUCCCUCCACCAGGUCACGACAACAACUACUUCGACCUGGCCCAGAGUCUGCGGCAGAGAAUCACAGACAUGAAGAUCAAGAUUGACAGGCAGCUGAGUGUCCUGGCCGCCCUGAAGGAUCGAGUCAAAGACCAGGUGGUGGAGAUGCAGAGGCUGGAGGUGGAUAUCGAUAUUAAGCUCCGCUCCUGCAAAGGAUCCUGCCAAAGCUACUCUGAGUACAAUGUGGACAAGGACAGCUACGUGGAACUGGACAAACAGGUGAGCUUUGAAUUGGCUUUAAACUGGAUUUAACACUAUUAAUUAUGA